GUCCAUCCUCGCACGCAACCGCCUAGGCAGACCGGAGUUGCCCGCCUAACAACGCUAUUCCUAAUUCGCGCAUCACAGCCACCUCCUUCCUUGCGCUUACACGCUACAUGCGCAACUCGGGGUAGCUAGCGUAUGCCACAUGCGUCUCAACUGCGUCGCGAACAGCAAGGCGCUUUGUAAAGCAGUGGGCUAUGAGAGGCCGAUUGGGCUAGGCGUGCUGUCUGCGUGCGCGUCGUCGAUGUAAAGAUAUGGGGGCUUUUGUUGUUGCCUGGGGGAUGCGUUGGCGGAGGUUUUGUACUUGAGGUGUAGGUUUGGCUACACCGUCGCGAAUUUCCAGACAUAUACAUACGAUUGCAUAAGUCUCAUCUUCAGUUCCAGCCCUACCUACUGCAAACAUCACACGAGAUCACGACCCCCACUAUCGUCAUCAUGGCUGUGUCUAACGAACGCUUCCUCCGCAUCCUCACCCUCUCAAGUAGCGCACUCGCUACGCCUUUCCUCAUUGCCACAUCCAUCGUAUCGACAGAAGGCCAUGGUUGGGGGUACAGACGCGAGGCAACCGCUUUCUGCUUCGGCUUCAUCCCCCUCGCUAUGACGGCUUUCGCUUCCUCAGUCACUCUGUACUACCAGCGGCGUCACGGCCGCGUUCCAACUGCCGGAUUUGCUCUGCUAGACGGUGCCGCUUUCUGCGCAUAUAUCUCAGUCCUGAUUCCUAUCUGGGUUGUUGAGGUGAAUUAUCUCUGGAGUGCGAGUUUGGGAAUGUUGGCAGGAUAUACAACGACGCCGAUGAUUUUGAACAUGGUGCUGCACGCAUACAUCUUCCUCUACAAGUUCCGCGCUAUGUGGGCAGUACUUUUUGCCCCGACGAUGCAUGAAUGCCCGAACUGCCAUAAUGAGUUCAUUGUUGGAAAGCCUCAGAUCAAGGAGACGAGUCAAGGUGGAGAGAGGUACAGUCUGUUGAGGGGUGAGGAGUACCUCGAUGCGGAUGCGGAUGCGGAGCUUUACGUAGAAGGCGCUGCAAGACCUUCGGAGGAGAGCGUAAGGCCGGAGGGCGAAAAUAAGGAGGGGAAGGGGAAGACCAUCCUCGAUGUUUGAGGGGGGAUUGCGCCAGUGUUAUAAGACGGGCUGGUCUGAGAGCGACUUUCAAGGGGAUUCUAGGAACGGCAUCGUUCAUGAGGGGCGAUAUGUUUGUCACAGUUGCUUGGGCGUUGUAGCGGAUUAACAUGAUGUGGGUCACAAGAUCGGUGCGCGGGCUAAUAAAUAUUCACAUGAGAAGCAGGAACACCCUGCCAGAAUUGAAUCUCGCCAUGCGCAUA